GCUGGGACGGUUCAGCUCUUCAAGCCCGUAGAUAAACUUCUGUUCCACACUAGUUAGGCUAAACAAGGCAGGCAGUUUGCAGUGGCCAAAAGUAUAUGCAUCGAGGUUUGCAAAAGACUAAUGAAAGUCGGAUAUUGCGAUGCGCAAAUAGAUAGGCUAGAGUAGAUUAGGCAGAUUGAAUGGAGCAGGAGCGGGGAUGGGAAUGGGAGGUGUAGAAGCUACUCCGAAGUCUGUCCUUGAGCGCACAGGACAGAGACAUCAAUGAAGGCAGGGACAGGAAGACAAACUUUAAAUGCACGUUUUCAAGCAAUACAUGACUCGCUUCGGAGCAGUCUGGAUGUAGGGCAUCUAUCUAGAAUGCUUUCCAACAAACUACGCGGCAGCCGAAGAAAGCACGAAGGGGAAAGCGUUUGCUGUGAUCUACGGAGAGGAGUAGCGUGUGUAUGUGUGUCUCAUCCAUCUCAAGUGAUAUGGCAGGGAACUGACUGAGAGAGAGAGUUUAUACAGGAGAAAUUCAUCUGGGUACAGUAAUGGUGCUGAUAUCUGGAGCCAGGGCAAACCAUCAGAAAUGAAACAGCUAAUCUCAUCACACUUGAAUCUCAGAUUGGACUCAGACACCAGACAUCUUCUGAUUGCACACAAACCACUAAAUGCUUUUUAUGUCUCUGAACUGAAGUGACAUCCACCCCUGAACAGGAAGUCAGUUGCCACGUAUAGAAACUGAAGUUUGAAUUUUGAGAAUGUCACAACAGAUCUGAUUAUUACACAUUUUACAAAUUCGCACACAGUUUUCUACGGAAGACCAGAGAUUGCCCUUUUGCAAGAAACCGCCACCGUGAUGGAUUUUGGAAAAUUCGCAAUCUAAAUAAUUUCCAUGCUGAUACUCCUUGCCUUUCUUUCAUGCCCAUGGACCCAUCCAGUGCCAUGCUCUCACAGGCGCUCCUGCUCUUACAGUGCAUUAUCCUGACUCUCGGCCAGUACGAUAUCUGUAAGUCGCUGGUCAGCACAGACGAUGGACCAACAUGGGAAUAUUACGCUUGCCAGCCCAAACCCACGUCCAUGAAGGAGUACAUGCAGAUUCGAGUGGAGCCUCCCGAUAUCACAUGUGGGAACCCACCGGAAAGGUUCUGCACUCUGGAAAACCCAUACCUGUGUAGUGACGAAUGCGAUGCCUCCACUAAAGAACUCGCCCAUCCUCCAGAGCUGAUGAAAGAUCGUGAGCGAACUGGACUCAUCACGUAUUGGCAGACUGUAACAUGGAGUCGAUUUCCUGAGCCUCUUCUGGCCAACAUAUCCUUAUCCUGGAACAAAAGCCUUGAGUUAACAGAUGACAUCCAGAUAACCUUUGAGUACGGGCGGCCCACAAUAAUGGUGCUGGACAAGUCCCUGAACUAUGGGCGAACCUGGCAGCCUUACCAGUACUACGCUGAUGACUGCUUCGAGACCUUCGGGAUGUCUCCAAAGAGAGUGCAGGAUCUGUCGGCAACUAACGUGACCAGAGUCAUAUGUACCGAGCAAUACUCUCGUUGGGUCGGUUCCAAGAAUGAGAAGAACGUGCAGUUUGAGGUCCGGGACCGCUUUGCCAUAUUUGCUGGGACAAAAUUGCAAAACAUGGACAACUUGUACACACGGAUGGAGAGUAUGAAAGGCCUCCGAGACUUUUUCACCUUCACCAACCUGCGGCUUCGGCUGCUGAGACCGGCGCUCGGAGGUACAUACGUACAAAGAGACAACCUGCUCAAGUACUUUUACGCCAUCUCCAAUAUCGACAUAUCAGCAAGGUGUAAGUGUAACCUCCACGCCGGUCAGUGCUCCCUCCGUGACGGGACCCUUCAGUGCGACUGCGAGCACAACACCACUGGACAAGACUGUUCGGCCUGUGAGAGAGGUUUCAAAGCCAAGUCCUGGAAGCCCGGCUCCUACCUGCCCACACCCAACGGCUCCCCGAACAUUUGCGAGGCGUCGGGAACGUCUGGCAACUGCGAGUGCAAUGGUCACUCAAAUCGCUGCAGUUACAUUGAUUUCAUCAACAUUGUGACUUGUGUGAGCUGCAAACACAACACUAGAGGGCAGAACUGUCAGCACUGCCGCCUCGGAUACUUCCGGAAUGCUUCCUCCGAGCUGGACGAUGAGAAUGUUUGCAUAGAGUGUAACUGUAAUCAGCUGGGCUCCUUCCAUGCCCGCUGCAAUGACACCGGCUUCUGCCAGUGUCGCGAGGGCACCAUGGGCCAGAAGUGUGAGGACUGCCUCCCUGGAUAUACCUGGAAGAAUGGCUGCGUGCCUAAAGUGUGCGACGACGAGCUCCUCCUGUGUCAGAACGGCGGCUCCUGCGUCCAGAACCAUAAAUGCGUGUGUCCGGCCAGCUUUAAGGGUGUUUUGUGUGAGCAGCCGCGCUGCCAGGGCGAGAGAGGGUGUGACGGCGCAUCGGCCUGCUACCUCAGCACUCUGACGCUGCUGCUCUGCCUUCUAGCCAACAGCCUGCUUAAAGCCAGCGCCUAGAAACACAUCUUAGUCCUGAUAUCCACCCUAGUGUUCGCAGGCCAAAGGGCUGAACCCUGUGGACAGAGAGGCGGUGGCCUGAACCCCGUACGGACCCAGCCUCACAGUGCUGGAAUGGUUUUUUUGGAAAGGGCGGAGGCUACGCUGAGGUCAAAACGCCUUCAUGAGACGAGCAGCUUAGCGCUUGUCUCCUAGCAUCACUGAUCGACUGAACUUUAUACCAAAAACAGAAAAAAGAAGUUACAUUCUGUUUCAGCUCACUCAACACACAACUCAAGUGGAGAAAUAUAUAGAUGAGGUUUCAUUUCUUUUGCAUUUCUACAUUCUCUGUAGUUUCGACGCUCACUGGGAUACAAGCACUGCACUUAGCCAGCUUGUUUUAACGGACAACAAUCGGUCGAUAUCACGGAAGCCUACUUAUGCCAAGUUAUUCUUCUUCUCUUGAAGACUUGUUUUUACAUUUCCUUUCAUUGCUGCAUUUUCCUUGCAUUUUAUUGCCAUUGAGGUUGUAACAAGUAGAUGAAACCGAUGGAAAAGAUGUUUAAUCGCCGUCCUGCUAGUACGAAGAACGAAUGUCUCUAGCUUGUGUUUGAGAUUAAGUUUCUGGAAUGUAGAAAGAAGUUUUAAAAUGUCACAUUGAACAAAUAUAUAUAUAAAUAUAUAUAUAUAUAUAUAUAUAUCGAUCUAUCUGAAAGGAAAUAUGAAGUAUUGUAUAUUAUGAUUAUUAUUUCACUAUGUUUUGUAGAAAUUGUUAUUUUUGUUCUGAGUAAAUGUUACAUUGUAAAGACAUUGCAGCCUUUAUUGCAGUGCAUAUGGUAUUCACACCAUGGUAAACUAUAUUUGAUGAUACAGCAGAGUGCAUCUCUAAUAUAUUUGGAAUAUUUCUUCAUUCAUAUCAUCACAUUUAAAUAAAGCAUACAACGAUUCAUUACAUGCACAGCUUUAGCUCAACGCAACCCGCACAUCAUCUUGAUACUGGCAUGUAUUCAUCUGUGCAGAUAUGACCAUUCCAGACUGCCUAUUAACACACUCCUAUAAUGAGUCCAGUUAUAUAAACACAUUCCUAAAGCACAAAGUCUCACAAACCCCAAACAGACACUAAAUAAUUACAAAGCACAGUAAAAAUGCAUCGCCAAUCCCCACAAUUAGAAUGGCCAUUCAGGUGCACAAUUAAAAAUACAUAAUGAAAGUCAGCACAUCAUAUAUCAUGCAAACAGGUUAUUUUUAAAAUAAUUAUUUUUCCUUCUGUGAAUCUCAAAGAAAUGCCAAAAUCCUCAGCGGCUCAUGGGCUUUUUGAUGUAUUUCAUAUUUACAAAUGCUUUACAUUCAUGGUGAGCCAGGGUAAAUAAAAUACUAUGAAUACAUAUUAUAAAUGAAUAAAACCUGACAAUCAGAAAGCACAACGUGA